AUGCGUGUUCUAUUUGCUCCCUUGCUUCCCCUGCUUUUGGGUUCGGCCUUUGCUGCUCCUCACAUAGCACCAUUUUCUACUUUCUCCAACGUUACUGUGUUUAUUCCUCCUUCCAACUACACGGAUCCUAGGGUUCUGUACGCCCGCACCGUUGAACUGGAGGAUGGAGUACUUUUAGCAACAUGGGAAAAUUACUCUCCAGAGCCGCCAUUGGUUUAUUUUCCAAUUUUCAGAAGCAUUGAUGGUGGGGAGACAUGGAAGCAGAUUUCCAAAGUCACAGACCAGGUCAAUGGAUGGGGACUUCGUUACCAGCCAUUCCUCUACAAAAUGCCUGUCUCAGUCGGAAAAUAUCCUGCAGGAACGAUUCUCUGCUCUGGGAAUUCCAUCCCGACUGAUUUGAGUAAAACCAAAAUCGAUGUAUAUGCGAGCGUUGACAAAGGAUACUCCUGGGAAUUCGUCUCUCAUGUUGCCUCAGGUGGGGCAGCAAUCCCAGACAAUGGUGUUCCGGCAAUUUGGGAGCCUUUCAUCAUGUGGUAUGAUGGUCAAAUUGUACUAUAUUACUCCGAUCAAAGAGAUCCAGCUCAUGGGCAGAAGCUCGUCCACCAAACUUCGAAGGACCUGCUCACUUGGGAUUCUCCAGUCGACGAUGUAUCAUAUUUGACCUACACAGCUAGACCUGGAAUGACGACUGUCACACAUCUUCCUAACAAGAACUACAUGAUGACCUACGAAUAUGGAGGGGGACCUACCAAAUCUGGAUCUGGAUAUGCGUUCCCUGUUUACUAUCGUAUCAACAAGAAUCCACUCCACUUUAAUAGCUCUGUUGGACACCCUCUAAUCACGAAUAACGGCAUCCAACCCAACGGUUCUCCCUACGUUACUUGGUCUCCUGUUGGUGGUGACAAUGGGACAAUUGUCGUCAGCUCAGGAAGCAAUAGCCAGAUCUUCACCAAUCAAGUUUUGGGUGAUGAGAAGUCCUGGAAGACCGUAGCAACGCCAGAAGGGGUGUCUUAUACAAGACAUCUAAGGGUUUUGAACAACCCGGAUCAUUUACUCAUAAUGGGCGGUGGGCACUUGCCUCCGAGCACAACGAAUAAGAUCACUGUCAGUGUUAUUGACUUGGAGCAGGGCUUGAAGAAAGCCAGUUGAGCUUCCCACAAUGGCCUCAGCAGGAGGCUGCAUAGCUAGCAGCACAAUAUAAAAUAAUUUCAAUGUGAGGCUACGCCGGUUUGAAAUGGGAAGUGACCAGGCGAUAGGCUGAACAAUAAUUCAGAAAUC